GGUCUUUGAAUUAUCCAGGGCAAGCAGAGCUAAGAAUAUUGACAGGAUGAGUAAUACACACAUCUUCAGCUGGCUCUGACUCACCUGAUGCCCCAGGUAAAAGCACCCAGAUAAAAGGUAGGGGAGGAGUACAAGUAGGUAGGAAACUUCCCGACAGAGCAGCAUGAAGAGACUCAUACCCACUAGCAGCUUCCUACUGUUGUUCUUGUUGCUGAGCCCAGACCCCGGAGAAGGUGAGUACUUUGGGUGUAAACAGGAUGGAGGGAGAAGAAGGGGUCCAAGAAGCCCAUCACGCAUCUAGAGGGGUUUUGAUAGAGGAGCUUGGAGUUAGGAACCCUCUGAACACAUCACCCCACUAUCUCCUAGGCUUGCCACUGCUGCCCAUCACGGCAUGCUGUACUCAGCUCUACCGAAAACCUCUGCCAGACACAGUACUAAGGAAUGUUGUCCGGGUGGAAAUACAGAAGGCUGAUGGGGACUGUCACCUCCAGGCCUACAUGCUUCACCUUUCUCACCGAAUUAUCUGCAUCCACCCCAAGAACCGCAGCCUAGCCCUAUGGUUUGAGCACGAAGGGAAGAGGUUCCAGGAUACUUUAACCAAAUUGAAUUUAAAGCUAAAAGAAAAGAGGGCACAGCGCUCCAAAAAAGCUCAACAAUAAAGCAUCAUUAGACAAUA